AUGUCUCUCAAGGUCGACGGCUUCACUUCUUCUAUCAUCUUCGACGUCAUCCGUGACGGUCUUAACGACCCCUCUCAGGCCAAGCAGAAGGCUGAGUCCAUCAAGAAGGCCAACGCCAUCAUUGUCUUCAACCUCAAGAACAAGGCUGGCAAGACCGAGUCUUGGUACCUUGACCUCAAGAACGACGGUGACGUCGGCAAGGGCAACAAGUCCCCCAAGGGUGAUGCUGACAUCCAGCUCACUCUCUCUGACGACCACUUCCAGCAGCUCGUUGAGGGUAAGGCUAACGCCCAGCGACUCUUCAUGACCGGCAAGCUCAAGGUUAAGGGCAACGUCAUGAAGGCUGCCGCCAUUGAGGGUAUCCUCAAGAACGCUCAGAACAACCUCUAA